ACUGAUGACCAAACACCCAUUGAUGAUACAAGCAAGCUUAGAAAAUCUCUUAUUGCAACCCUGACGUAAUGGAAGUGCCCCCAAACCAAUCAGCACCUAAUAAAACUAGUGCCAAGAGCAACAACUCUGCGUUUUUCUACUUCGAGUCCUGUCAACCCCCUUUCCUAGCCAUACUCUUGCUGCUCAUAGCAUAUACUGUGGUCCUAAUCAUGGGAGUGUUUGGAAACCUGUCUCUUAUCGUCAUCAUCUUUAAGAAGCAGAGAGAAGUUCAAAACGUCACCAACGUACUGAUCGCCAAUCUGUCCCUCUCUGACAUCUUAGUGUGUGUCAUGUGCAUCCCCUUUACAGUCAUCUACACUCUGAUGGACCACUGGGUGUUCGGGAGCACCAUGUGUAAACUCACUUCUUACGUGCAAAGUGUGUCCAUCUCUGUGUCCAUAUUCUCCCUUGUAUUGAUCGCUAUUGAACGAUAUCAGCUGAUUGUGAACCCCCGUGGCUGGAAGCCCAGGGUAUUUCAUGCCUAUUGGGGCAUCGUCUUGAUUUGGCUCAUUUCCCUUUCAUUGUCUAUUCCCUUAUUCCUGUCUUACCACCUCACCAACGAGCCCUUCCACAAUCUCUCUCUCCCUGAUGAUAUCUACACCCACCGGGUAGCCUGUGUGGAGAUCUGGCCUUCCAAACUGAACCAACUCCUCUUUUCCACAUCGCUGUUUAUGCUCCAGUAUUUUGUCCCUCUGGGUUUCAUUCUGAUCUGCUACCUGAGGAUUGUUAUCUGCCUCCAAAGAAGAACUAAGAAGGUGGGCAGGAGGAGGGGAAAUGAGACCCGCCUCAAUGAGAACAAGAGGGUCAAUGUGAUGUUGAUUUCCAUUGUAGUGACUUUCGGUGCCUGCUGGCUGCCCUUGAACAUCUUCAAUGUCAUCUUUGACUGGUAUCAUGAGAUGCUAAUGAGCUGCCACCAUGACCUGGUAUUUGUAGUUUGUCACUUGAUUGCUAUGGUUUCUACGUGCAUAAACCCUCUCUUUUAUGGCUUUCUCAACAAGAAUUUCCAGAAGGACCUAAUGCUGCUCCUUCACCACUGUUGGUGUUUUGCACCCCAAGAAAGAUACAAAAAUAUCGCCUUGUCCACUGUGCACACAGAUGAAUCCAAAAGAUCAUUAAGACUGGCUCGCACAACAGCAGGGGUGUAG